UCUCCUUGUGCAGUUAAGAUCGUCUAGUGUCAAACGCAACAAAAAUAAAGUUAUUAUUCCAACACUGAGGAUGCCACAUGGGAGUCCUGUCAAGGAAGGGAGACUGGAGCUUGAAAGCGGGAUUUCUGCGUCUUUAACCGGACACUGAAGCGAAGGAAGGAGACAGCCGGACAAACCACCUUCAUUUUUUUCUUUUUUUCUUUUUCUCUUCUUUUCUUUUUUUUUUUUGGAUUGGUCCAAAUUUUAGAUUUUUUUUGGCGUGCCCCUUGGACUCCUGCACAAUGGGGAUUAUGCUUCAAGUUAUUCUAGGAAUGUUUCAGUUCCUGCUGCUGACCAGAAUACCGACGUCUCAUGCCAAGCUUGCCCACUGGCGGCCAGCAGACUCCCCCAAAUCCAGAGAAGGUCGAGAAGUGCGGCGGUGGUUGGAGGUGUACUCAAGGAGUGGAUGUGAGCCUCGGGACACUCUGGUGGAGGUUUGGCGAGAGUUGCCGGGGGAGACCCACCACCUUUUUGUCCCUUCCUGCGUGUCGGUGAGGCGAUGUGGCGGCUGCUGUGCUGACGAGGCCCUAGAGUGUGUGCCCUUGCUCACUCACACGCUCACCAUGGAGCUGAUGAGGACCUCCUUCAUGAAGCAUGAGCUCAUCGAGUUGCCCUUUGUUGAGCACAGCCAGUGUGAGUGCAGAUUAAAAGAACAUUUCCAGCCAACACCUACGACAAGGCCGCAUCUGAAGCCACCAAGAAAAGACAAGAAAAGGGAGAGGGGAAAGUCCAGACAGAAGAGCGGAGCCACCAGAGCCGCGACCCAUGCUCCCCCAGCUCUGCCUCCCCCAUCCUCUCCUCCUCCUCCAACACCUCCUCCCACCAUCUUCCUUCCCUCUCCCUCUCCCUCUCCCUCUCCCUCUCCCUCUCCCUCUCCGUCUCCGUCUCCGAGGCCUUGUUGCCGCCCCUGUAAGGGGAGAAAGUGGGCAUUGGAUGCAACGUCGUGUGAGUGUCGCUGCACCAUCAGAGCUGAGAGCUGUAGCCAGAAAGGUCGGAGGCUCAACCCUCACCGCUGCAGGUGUGAUGCCAUAAGGACUUGAUGUGUCCGUCCACUUUCUUUUCACCUCCUUCUCUCUCUCCAACUACCCCUGCUAAUUCAUCGUCCACUCUCAGCAUCACUGCCAUGGAGCAUACAGACGCUUGGACAUCCAGUAUCUCAGAUUGAAGGAAAUAUUAGCAGAAGCACACACAAGAACCUGUAGUAGCACUCUAGUAAAGCAGACAUGCAGCAUUACAGCCUCAAUAUACUGAAGAUCUACAUGUGUGUGUCUGUGUGCAGCCAAACAUCUUACCGCCUCCUCGCUUCUGUGGAAAAGCUUCCAUCAGUCCACAUGUACAUGCCUGUACAGACGUGUAGAGUCACACUACUCACCCAAUGAGUGGAGGGAUGAAAGUGGCAGAAAAAGGGUGACUUUGAGAGAUGUGGAAAUACCCAGAAAAAAAUCUUUCUUGGUGGACACAAGCCAACAGUUGAACAUGCUCCUGUCCUGCUGUGGCUUGGACAUUGGACCCAAGAUAUUCCCCUUCCCUGCAGAGAACAGUGGAGACAGGAAUGAUCAUACUAUACAAGAACAACAGAGAUGAACUGGACCGGUCUUUCGCAGGUGUCCUACGUUUUCAUGCUUCAGUGGAAGUUGUGACUUGCUGCUCACAAGGAAACUACACAUGGAGAUGUUAAGUGAAGGCCAAUGUUUGUGCAGAGGAUUUGAAAAACAUUGGGAACAGAUUAUUAGUGGACACAUACUCACUCAGACAUACCAGAAGGACAUAAGACAUGCACAUGAACUGGCACCCCAGUGUGUGUGGACCUAUAGUUUAGCUGAAUGCUGGAAAUGGAGUGUAUCUGUGUGGUCUCCCCUCUGAAAGACCCAGAUGGGUUAUCCCUGCAGCCGUUUUCUCUCAUUCAAAGCAUAUGACCACAGGCUGGCUCUCCAAGCCGCUUUCCGGCAUUUGUUUAAUUUGGGCCUUUUGUCUCCAUCUUUUCUCGGCACCUCGAUUGAAAGCAGCCGCUUUGCCUCUCUUUGCCUCUCUUUUAGGCAGUGAGGAGAAUGACAAUAAUGAGGCCUGGCGGCUGUCCACUACUUCACACACAAACAUUCACACUUAUAACACCAGGAACAGAGAUAGCACUGCAAAUGCAGACACAUACAACCUCACUCACUCUGUGCUAUAGCAGACAGACACACACACACACACAUAUAAAUAUAUAUAUAUACACACACA